CCUUACUGCUAAAUCUUUUGUUCUGUUCGGCCAACAAUACACUGGGUUGGGAAAAGUGUAUCUUUUUCGUUGAAUUUAUAACAUAUUCAACGCAAAAAAACGAUUACAUUAAGCAGAAUGCUGCUGUUCGUGUGAAUAGUACAGGUCUUCAGUUUUCGUUGCGUUCAGAAGGGUCGUUGACUACAGACUGUGCAAACAUUGGUUUGUUGGUGCAGCUAUACAGUGUAAGGGGUGGGGUGGACGUGGUUUGAAACCGGCACAAAAGCUACUCGUGGAAGGAAGUUAGGAAAAUAAUACGAACAAAACAACGCUUGUUCGGCGAAAAGAAUCCUCGACCGUCCAAGUAAGCAGCACGUAGUUGUAGGCUGCUUGUGGGAGGGUGCGUGUGUGUGUGAGAGUGUGUGUGUGCGGUUCGCUGUGUGUGCUGCAUCCGGUACAGCGAUAUCGAAGUAACACGAUAAAGCAUUAUGACGAGACACAGUUCUGUCACCGGCGGAAUGGGCAAGUUGGCCGUAGCUUUCCUUCCGCUGCUCUGCUUGCUGUCGGCGGGACUGGUGGAAGCUUUCUACCUUCCCGGAUUGGCGCCGGUCAACUAUUGCCGAAAGUCAGAAAUGCAAAAGUCAUGCAAGUCCGAGGUAACACUGUACGUGAAUCGACUCAACACGGAAGAGUCGGUGAUUCCGUACGAGUAUCACCACUUUGAUUUCUGUCCCAUCGACGAAGCGAACUCGCCAGUGGAAAACCUUGGCCAGGUGGUGUUUGGCGAGCGCAUCCGCCCAGGACCGUACAAGAUUCAGUUUCUCGAGGAUGUAAAGUGCGCCAAGGCUUGCGUGAAACACUACAAGGGAGGCGAUCCGGACAGUGACCAUCGGCUGAUGGUGCUGAAGAAGGGUAUGAGUCUUAACUAUCAGCAUCAUUGGAUCGUCGACAACAUGCCCGUCACCUGGUGCUAUCCGUUGGAAAACGAGCGUCAGUACUGCAGCACCGGCUUCCCGAUGGGUUGCCUGGUGCGCCGACACCCGGACGGCGAGGAAGGGUGCAUUACGAAUCCGAACUACAACCGGGCCGGCUACUAUUAUCCGUUCAACCACGUCGACCUGACCAUCACGUACCACAGCGGCGCUACGGAGGAGUGGGGUGUGGCAUUCAAGCAGAACGGUGGGCGCAUCAUCUCCGUCAAGGUGGUGCCGUCGUCUAUUAACCACAAGGACCCGAACGAGCUGAACUGCGACAGCAAGGAACCGAUCGAAAUCCAAUCGAGCGCCCUCCCCAACGGCCAAACGCUCGACAUCGUGUACACGUACUCGGUGCACUUUACGCAGAACAACAAGAUUAAGUGGUCGUCCCGAUGGGACUACAUCCUCGAGUCGAUGCCGCACACCAACAUCCAGUGGUUCAGCAUUCUGAACUCGCUCGUAAUCGUGCUGUUCCUUUCCGGCAUGGUGGCGAUGAUAAUGCUGCGCACGCUGCACAAGGACAUUGCGCGAUACAAUCAGAUGGAUUCGGGCGAGGACGCGCAGGAAGAGUUCGGCUGGAAGCUGGUGCACGGGGACGUGUUCCGACCACCGCGCAAGGGCAUGCUACUUUCCGUGUUUUUGGGCUCUGGUAUACAGGUGUUCUGCAUGACGCUGGUAACGCUAGCGUUCGCGUGCCUUGGCUUCUUGUCGCCGGCCAACCGUGGCGCCCUGAUGACCUGCGCCAUGGUGCUGUUUGUGCUGCUCGGUACACCGGCCGGUUACGUUUCGGCCCGCAUCUACAAGAGCUUCGGUGGCAUCAAGUGGAAGAGUAACGUACUGCUAACCUCCAUGCUGUGUCCGGGUGUCGUGUUUGGACUGUUCUUCGUAAUGAAUUUGAUACUGUGGAGCAAAGGCAGUUCCGGCGCGGUUCCAUUUUCGACACUGAUUGCGCUGCUGGCUCUCUGGUUUGGUGUAUCCGUUCCGCUCACGUUCGUUGGAGCUUACUUUGGUUUCCGCAAGAGGUCACUGGAGCAUCCCGUUCGAACUAAUCAAAUUCCGCGCCAAAUUCCGGAUCAGUCGAUCUACACGCAACCCAUCCCGGGCAUCAUUAUGGGCGGUGUGCUACCGUUCGGUUGCAUUUUCAUCCAGCUGUUCUUCAUCCUGAACUCGCUGUGGUCGAGCCAGAUGUACUACAUGUUCGGAUUUCUGUUUUUGGUGUUUUUGAUCCUCGUUAUCACCUGCUCGGAGACGACGAUUCUGCUGUGCUACUUCCACCUGUGCGCCGAGGACUACCAUUGGUGGUGGCGAUCUUUCCUCACUUCCGGCUUCACCGCCGUCUAUCUAUUCGUGUACUGCUGUCACUAUUUUGCCACGAAGCUGCAGAUUGAAGAUGCGGCCUCGACCUUCCUCUACUUCGGCUACACCCUGAUUAUGGUGUUCCUGUUCUUCUUGCUGACCGGUUCGAUAGGGUUCUUUGCCUGCUUCUGGUUCAUCCGUAAAAUCUACAGCGUGGUAAAGGUGGAUUAAAAGUUUCGUCUGCUGCCAGGCUGAAUUCAGCGUGUGUUUUCGUUUCCGGUAGAUUAGCUCUUUCCGUUUUUUUUUUUUGGCAUACUUUCCGACUUGGGUUAGUUUUCCCGCUACUUUCGACACCUUAUAUUUAAUUGUAUCAUAUUGUCUAUUUCAAACCCCCCCCCCCUACACCGAUUUUGAUUGUGCUUUGCACAGUAACAGCGCAUCUUUGCUUCAAAACAAUGGAAAACCCAAACCGUGCUUUUGUGUAUGGUUUAAUUAGGUUAUUGCGCUGCUCGAACAGAGUUUUGAUUGCGCAGCCCAUUCAUUACGAAGAGCUCGACGAUUGGAGUAGAGCUAGCAACACCGACAAUACGCGCAUUACAUACUAAUGAUCAACAAAAAUAACCCUUUUUUAUCACUUGUGACGACGAAACGAUUAAACCGCGCAAAUUUGAGCAAAUCCGCUUGAAAAAGCAAGCAUGUAACGAGGUGGAAGGAGGAGAGCGUGUUAUUGGAACGGUUAAACCUGAGGCGUUAUGUGUCCCUCAAAGAGAGCUUUGCCGUUUCGGUUUCGCAUCGGAAAAAGAAGAAACACAGGCGAACAAACAAAAAAAAAAACAUUCUGUAUUUUGUUUAUUAGAAAUUCCAAUCGUAUUGUUUAAUCGUAUCGCGAGCAGGUUCUUUUGCUUAGUAAUAAUCUACGGAACUAAUAAUGAACAGUGGCACAGCUGCAUUAGUUUAGUGUAGUGCCUCCCUCCAGCCCACACAACGCGCUUAUCGCACGGUGGCACACGGCGACCGGACGAAAGUCUGGGCCGGUGGGGAAGAAUUCUUGCACCAGUGGUGUGGUUAGAGCUGUAAAGAUACAAAAAGAAGAAGAAAACAAAAAUAGCACCAGACCAUACCGGUGAGCGUACCGUAGUGUUAGUAGAGUUUGUCCACAGCACACAACACUUAUCUCUAACUUUGUCCUUUCCUUUCCAAAUACUAGGUUAGACGUAUUGAAAUCGUAACAGAAAUGGAACGCGUUUAAGAAAUUGGCCUGUGAGGGUGAUGAGUAUUAGGUAGAGUUUUUGCGAUGGAUAGGAGAUGAGAAGAUGAGACAUUGUGGAUUGCCGAUUUCACUCUCCGCUGUACUUCUGUUUGGUUUUUGUGGCAGUGUAAAUUAUCAAUUAGAAAACAUUGAUUUUCAUGUAUCGCAAAAUUCCGUGCAGCAAGAGAAUGAAAAUUAUAAUUUACCUGCAAGCAGCGCCAUGCAAGGCUAACAGGGCAGAAAGCAAACACACAUUUCAAAAAUAAUGAGCGUGUGGAAAAACGGCCGGCUGGAAAAAAAAGGACGGUACAGUUGCCGCAAGAGUAAUUUGCAUGCACGUGCAUCUAUAAUUGUGUGUGUGUGUGUGUGUAGGUGUAUGUGUGGGUGUGUUUGUGUACGUGGGAGUGUUUGCGUGUGACUGGGUGAUUCAACUUCGCACCUCAACUGAUCGUGUACCGUAGGACGAUGUGAUGAAACACUAAACUUAAAACGAAGAGCAUGAGUAAUAAAAUAUUAAUGAUAAUGAUACUGUCAUACAUAAAUAAAA